AUGGAGCGCCCGCCCAACCUCAGCUGCCUCGCCGAUACGACGCCGGACAGCGGCAACAGGAGCGGGUCCUCCGCCGGCCCCGAGGGCGGCCAGGCCCAUCUCUCCGUCUUCAGCGUGCUGGUCCUCACCCUGUUGGCCAUGCUGGUGGUGGCCACGUUCCUGUGGAACGGGCUGGUCCUGGCCACCAUCCUCCGCGUGCGCAGCUUCCACCGGGUGCCCCACAACCUGGUGGCCUCCAUGGCCGUCUCUGACGUGAUGGUGGCAGCGCUGGUCAUGCCCCUCAGCCUGGUGCACGAGCUGUCGGGGCGGCGCUGGCGGCUGGGCCGCUCGCUGUGCCAGGUGUGGAUCUCCUUCGACGUGCUGUGCUGCACGGCCAGCAUCUGGAACGUCACGGCCAUCGCCCUGGACCGCUACUGGUCCAUCACCCGCCACCUGGAGUACACGCUGCGCGCCCGCCGCCGCGUCUCCAACGUCAUGAUCGCUCUCACCUGGGCGCUCUCCGCCUUCAUCUCCCUGGCCCCGCUGCUCUUUGGCUGGGGAGAGACUUACUCAGAGGACAGUGAAGAGUGCCAAGUCAGCCGGGAGCCUUCCUACACCAUCUUCUCCACCUUUGGGGCCUUCUACCUGCCCCUCUGCGUGGUGCUCUUUGUGUACUGGAAGAUCUACAAGGCUGCCAAGUUUCGAAUCGGAUCUCACAAGAGCAACUCCAUCACCCCCAUUACGCCAGAAGCACUGGAGGUAAAAGAAGCUGCCCAGCAGCCACAGAUGGUCUUCACUGUCCGUCACGCCACUGUUACGUUCCAGACAGACGGAGAGACGUGGAGAGAGCAGAAGGAAAAGAAAGCUGCCCUCAUGGUGGGCAUCCUCAUUGGGGUCUUCGUGCUCUGCUGGAUCCCCUUCUUCAUCACAGAGCUCAUCAACCCGCUCUGCUCCUGUGACAUCCCACCCAUUUGGAAAAGCAUUUUUCUAUGGCUGGGCUAUUCAAAUUCCUUUUUUAAUCCACUCAUCUACACUGCUUUCAACAAAAACUACAACAAUGCCUUCAGGAACCUAUUCUUCAGACAGCAGUGA